CCCGCGACGCUCCAUCCCGCGUCUCCGUGGCCGCGCGCGGAGGCCGGAAGUGGCGGGAGCGGGGCCGGCCCCGGGUUCCCCCCUCCCAUCCCAGCCAUGGGCGCCGGCGGCGGGUGCGGCCCGGUGCUGCUCUGCGCCGUCUGCCUGCUCUGCGCCCGGCGGGCCCGGCAGGUGACGGCGGGGCCGGCGGCCGGGUUCCUGCUGCAGGCGCUGGGGGCGGCGAGUGACGCCCUGGAGCCGCUGUGGCCCGGGGGGACAGCGGGGGGACACCCCGACCCCCUGCCCGGCGCCUGGGUCUCGGCCGUGCUGGCCCAACCCCUGGUGGCCUUCGGCUUCCACCGCCUCAGCGGUGACCGGGCCACCGCCAACCUGCUGCUGGGACUGGCCACCGCGCUGGCCCCCGUGGCCGCCACGUUGCCCGAGGAGGGCCGGCUGCUGGCCGCCCGCGCUGUCACCGUCCUGACCGCCACCAGCGUCCUCACGCUGGCCGCCCUCACCGCCAACGGGCCGGCGGCGCUGGGCAGCCUCCUCCUGGCCGCCGGCAACCUGCUGCCCUUGCCCGGUGGCCGGCACGGGGGGCACCCGUGGGUGCUGGCCGCCGGGAGCCUGGCGCUGCAGCGGGGGCUGAGCCACAGUAAAGCCGCUGCGCGGUGA